CACGACCACGUGCACCUGAGGGAAUCCGAGACUGAGAAGAACGACGUGUUCACCUUUGGCCAGGUGCUGAGACACGACCAUAACCACUCUCACGGUCCUAACAGGCUGCUGGUGCUGGACAGGAAGGCGUUCUUUGAGAACCCGGGUGUCCGCAUCACGUGGAUAGGCCUGCUGGUCAACGUUGGUAUGGCGAUUGGUAAGUUCACCGGUGGUGUUGUGUUCCACUCUCAGGCACUGAUGGCUGAUUCUGUUCACGCCAUCAGCGACCUGGUUUCGGACUUCUUGACCCUGGGGACCGUUGGACUGAGCACCAGAAGCCCUGAUAAGGCAUUUCCUUAUGGCUACGGUAAGGUUGAGACCGUUGGUUCGCUUGCGGUGUCGUCGAUCCUGACCAUGGCUGGUGUUUCCAUAGGCUGGGCUUCCCUGGUUAGUAUUGUGGGGCCUGUCAUUCCACACACCAUCAUCGACACCUUGAACCAUUUCCAUAUCCACCUGCUAUCUUCAGGCCAUGGCCAUUCCCACGGUGCUGUCACGGAUGUUACAAAUGUCAACGCUGCCUGGAUUGCAGGUGCAUCCAUCGUUGCCAAAGAGUGGAUUUUCAGAGCCACCUCAAAGGUUGCCAAGGAGACCAACUCGAAGGUGCUGUUAGCCAACGCAUGGCAUCAUAGAGUGGACUCUUUGACCUCACUUGUGGCCCUGGUCACUAUUACGUCUGGUUAUUUCUUCGGGAUCACUUCCUUGGAUGCCAUUGGUGGGUUGAUCGUCUCUGCCUUGGUUGUCAAGGCAGGCUGGAAGGGAAUGGUGACUGCUAUCACAGAGCUCGUUGACAGAUCGAUCCCAGAGAACGAUCCAAGAUACCUCAACGUUCAGAGUAAGCUUCAAGAGCUGCUGUCAAAGAUCCUGUCCAAUAACAACUCCAAGAAACCGUAUGCCAUAAAGGAGCUGAUUCUUCUAACCUCAGGCCCUAAUAUCCACGCUAAGGUGGUCCUCGAGGCUCCACUGCAAAGAUGGGACAACGUGCUGACCAUCAGCGAGUUCGAAAUCGUAUCUGCUCAUAUCAAGGAGCAGUUGAUGCUGGAGGUUGAUAACCUGAGACAGGUGUUUAUCGAAUUUGUCGGUGAGCCUGAGCCUGAACCAGUCGAGGAGGAGCAAGAGGAGGCAGCCAAGGUGGAGCAGGAAUUGGGCCAUACCCACACUCAC